AUGGAAACUCAUUAUCGGAGGUUUAAUGGAUGCUUGAAGCAAAUCGAAUAUCGCAAUCCUAGUGGGACACAAAUCCAAGAUAGGAUUGAGCAAGUCGAACGAUUGUUUGAACAAGACCCAAAAUAUAAAGAUGGCUUCAAGUUUCAUCAUGUGUUCAAACUAUUCAAAGAGUUUGGAAAAUUUGAUGAUAAUGUGUCCCAACCACGAUCUCGUAGUCGGGAUUUCGAUACACUCAAUGACUCUUCCGAGUCCGACGUUCCAUAUGAUGGACAACCAACACCAGAGUCUCCGGGAUUGUCGUCUUUUAGUCCUCAACAAAGUAACGAUGGUGUUGGGGGGACAUUCUCUCAACGUCCAAUGGGAGCAAAGAAAGCAAAAUUGAAGAAGAAAAAUGAAGACCAAUUUUGCCAAUAUUUUCAAACUCUAAAUGCUAAAAGUGAUACUAUUGUUGAUUUGUUGCAGAAAGCCGAUGAACGUCAAAAUGUCCAACUUCAAUUGCAGAAACAACAAAUCGAUUUGUAG